UAUGAUGUGUGUGAAAGAUUUUGUGCAGUUUUGACAGAAGUGUGUUGUGUGUUGGCUGAUGAGUGAUCUCUGAGGAUAUUCCGCAGUAUCCGCGGCUUCAACAUGUUGCGGAAGACGGAUUAUUGUUUUUAUUGGACGCUUCUGUUCUUCGCUGGAUUGCAGAUUUCAUCCGUAAAUGGAUUCGUUUCGUGCUCACCAAACCCAUGCAAGAACGGUGGUACCUGCAUUACUGCCCUUAGAGCGGAGUCCUACUGCAACUGCACGUCGAUGUACGUGGGCGAGUACUGCCAGCACGCGAACCCGUGCCACACGGGCCCCGGGCCGCGCUGCCAGAACGGCGGCUCGUGCCACGUGCGCACGUCGCCGUCCGCGUCGCCCACGUUCACGUGCACGUGCCCCAUCGGCUACUCGGCGUCGCUGUGCGAGAUCCCGGUGGCCAACUCGUGCGACUCCGACCCCUGCCUCAACGGCGGCACCUGCAGCCUGCGGAGCCUCGACUCGUACUCCUGCACGUGCGCGCCCGGCUACACUGGGCAGCACUGCGAGCUGCAGGAUCACUGCGCGUCGAUGCCGUGCCGCAACGGCGCCGACUGCACGUCGAUGGGCGACACGUACAAGUGCCGGUGCGCGCCCGGCUUCGUGGGGCCGUCGUGCAGCGAGGACGUGGAGGAGUGUCGCGACGACCCCUGCGUGCACGGCAAGUGCGUCAACACGCACGGCUCCUACAAGUGCCUGUGCGACUCGCGGUACACGGGGCAGAACUGUGAGAGCGAGUACAUCCCGUGCAGCCCCUCACCCUGCCUCAACGGCGGCACCUGCCGCGAGGUGGACCAGCUCAGCUACGAGUGCGUCUGUCCCCAAGGAUACCGAGGCAAGAACUGCGAGGAGAACAUCGACGACUGCCCGGGCAACCUGUGCCAGAACGGCGCGACGUGCGUGGACGGCGUGAACUCGUACACGUGCCAGUGCCCGGCCAGCUACGCGGGCGAGCACUGCCAGCGGGACGUGGACGAAUGCUCGCUGCGGCCGUCCGUCUGCCAGAACGGCGCCACCUGCACCAACUCGGUGGGCGGCUUCUCCUGCAUCUGCGUCAACGGCUGGACCGGCGCCGACUGCUCCCUCAACAUCGACGACUGCGCCGGCGCCGCCUGCUUCAACGGCGCCACCUGCAUCGACCGCGUCGGCAGCUUCUACUGCCAGUGCACGCCGGGCAAGACAGGGCUGCUGUGCCACCUGGACGACGCGUGCACAUCGAACCCGUGCCACGCAGACGCCAUCUGCGACACGAGCCCCAUCAACGGCUCCUACACGUGUUCCUGCGCCAGCGGCUACAAGGGCGUCGACUGCAGCGAAGACAUCGACGAGUGUGAGCAAGGGUCACCGUGCGAGCACGACGGGCUGUGCGUGAACACGCCGGGCUCGUUCGCGUGCAACUGCACGCAGGGCUUCACGGGCCCGCGCUGCGAGACCAACGUGAACGAGUGCGAGUCUCACCCCUGCAAGAACGACGGCUCCUGCCUCGACGACCCGGGCACCUUCCGCUGCGUCUGCAUGCCUGGUUUCACUGGAACACAGUGUGAAACGGACAUAGAUGAAUGUCAAUCCAGCCCUUGCCUGAAUGGAGGAAUUUGCAAUGAUUUGAUAAAUACGUUUAGCUGUGCUUGUGCUUUUGGCUUCACUGGAAAUAGGUGCCAGACAAAUAUUGAUGACUGUAUCAGUAAUCCUUGUCGCAAUGGAGGAAUCUGCAGAGACUCUGUAGCAGGCUACACUUGUGAUUGCCCACCUGGAUUCACUGGAAUAAAUUGUGAAACAAACAUAAAUGAUUGCCAGAGUUCUCCUUGUCACCGGGGUGAAUGUGUGGACGGUGAGAACUCUUUCACGUGCAACUGCCAUCCAGGGUAUACAGGCUAUUUGUGCCAAAAUCAAAUAGAUGAAUGUGAAAGCAAUCCGUGUCAGUUUGGAGGCCACUGUGAAGAUCUAAUUGCCGGUUACCAAUGUCGCUGCAAGCCUGGGACAUCUGGUCCUAACUGUGAAAUUAAUGUCAAUGAGUGCUUCAGCAAUCCUUGUCGUAACAGGGCAAAUUGUGUUGAUGGAAUCAGCAAAUACACAUGUGAAUGCCUUCCUGGUUAUGCUGGACAGCAUUGUGAAACCAAUAUAAAUGAAUGUGCAAGCAACCCUUGUGCAAAUGGGGGUCGCUGUAUGGAUUUAGUCGACGGAUUCCGCUGCGAAUGCCCUCGGGGCUAUUACGAUGCACGUUGUUUGAGUGAUGUUGAUGAAUGUGCUAGCAAUCCCUGCAUGAAUGGAGGCAGGUGUGAAGAUGGAGUCAAUCAGUUCAUAUGUCAUUGCAUACCUGGUUAUGGAGGAAAACGCUGUGAGCUGGAUCUGGAUGAAUGUGGAUCAAAUCCUUGUCAGCAUGGUGGAACAUGCUCAGAUAAACUCAAUGCGUACUCCUGCAAGUGUGUACCUGGUUUCACGGGAAUCAACUGUGAAACUAAUAUCGAUGACUGUGCAAUAAACCCUUGCAAUAAUGGUGGUUCAUGUAUAGAUCUUGUCAAUGACUACAGCUGUGUCUGUGAGCUUCCGUAUACUGGUAGAGAUUGCCAGGACAAACUUGAUCCCUGUUCACCCAACAGGUGUCGGAAUGGAGCGCGUUGUUCACCAUCUAGCAACUUCAUGGAUUUCUCUUGUUCAUGUGGUCUGGGGUACACUGGCCGCCUUUGUGAUGAAGAUGUUGAUGAGUGUGUGUUAUCGUCACCAUGCCGCAAUGGAGCAACCUGCAGAAACACUAAUGGCUCUUACCACUGCAUUUGUGCGCUAGGUUAUGAAGGACGUGACUGCAUCACAAACACAGAUGAUUGUGCUUCCUUCCCCUGUCAGAAUGGUGGUACCUGCCUUGAUGCAAUUGGCGAUUAUACCUGCCUGUGUGUUGAUGGAUUUGGUGGAAAGCACUGUGAAAUAGAUAUUGAUGAAUGUCAAUCAUCUCCUUGCCACAAUGGUGCCACUUGCAAUCAGUAUGUUAAUUCAUAUACUUGCACUUGCCCACUUGGUUUCUCUGGAAUGAACUGCCAAACAAAUGACGAGGACUGUACCGACAGUAGCUGCAUGAAUGGAGGGAAAUGUGUUGAUGGCAUUAAUAAUUACACUUGCAUAUGUCAGCCAGGGUACACUGGAUCAAACUGCCAAUAUCGCAUCAACGAAUGUGACAGUCACCCGUGCUCUAAUGGUGGAACCUGUCAAGACCAUGUGAAGUACUUCACCUGCCACUGCCCAUACGGUUAUACCGGAAAAUACUGUGACAGCUAUGUAGAUUGGUGUAGCACUGAGCCGUGUAUGAAUGAAGCUACAUGUUUACAAACAAAGAAUACUUAUCAAUGCAUUUGUGCUCCAGGAUGGACUGGCAAAGUCUGUGAUGUUGAAAUGGUAUCGUGUAGUGAUGCAGCACUACGGAAGGGAGUAAAUCGUGAGGACUUGUGUAAUAAUGGUACCUGUGAAGAUAUAGGAAACAGUCAUCGGUGCCACUGUAUGGAAGGGUACAGUGGCAGUUAUUGCCAACAGGAAAUUGAUGAGUGUGAAUCAGCUCCUUGCCAGAAUGGUGCUACAUGCAAAAAUCUAGUUGGUUCCUAUGCAUGCCAGUGUGCACAAGGAUUCCAAGGACAGAACUGUGAGCUCAAUGUGGAUGAUUGUAGACCUAAUCCUUGCCAGAAUGGUGGAACCUGCCAUGACCUGGUUGCCAGGUUCAGCUGUUCUUGUCCACCAGGAACACUUGGCAUCAUAUGUGAGAUUAACGUAGAAGACUGUGUGCCAGGAGCUUGCCACAACAAUGGUACUUGUGUGGAUCGUGUCGGUGGCUUUGAAUGCCGUUGCCCUCCAGGAUUUGUAGGUCCGCGCUGCGAAGGUGAUAUCAAUGAAUGUCUGUCAGACCCAUGCUCGUCACCAGGAACACAAGACUGUGUCCAGCUUGUCAAUAAUUACCAUUGCAAUUGCAAGCCGGGCUACAUGGGACGGCACUGUGAAGUGCGUGUCGAUUUUUGUGCCAGUGCACCAUGUGCCAACGGUGGUAUUUGUGAAGCCCUGGAAGCAGGCCAUACGUGUAUUUGUCCCGAGGGCUACUACGGUCCAGACUGCCGUUUUGCUGGCUAUGGUUGUGAGUCGGACCCCUGUCAGAAUGGCGGUGCAUGCAGAGUGAUUGACGGUGUAGGGUAUCACUGUGACUGCCCUUCUGGAACAGCUGGUGCGCACUGUGAACUUGACACGAGAGACGAGUGUGCAAGUAGCCCCUGCCAACACGGUGGAACUUGUCAGAAUCGUAUAGGUGACUAUGCGUGCUAUUGUCUGCGCACGUGGACUGGGAAGAAUUGUGAACUGUACGAUCCAUCAUUUCCUGGAGGCAUUGGACGCCCUCCUCCAGCAGAGCCCACUGUCAGCACAAUUGGCAUUUACAGUGUUCAGGAUCUCGAUAUGGAUAGACAGAGGCAGAAGUGCCUUGAGAACGGCUGCAGGGAAAAAGCUGGAAACCAUCAUUGUGAUGAAGAGUGCAAUGUAGCUGCAUGCAACUAUGAUGGCAAUGAUUGCUCUCUUGGAAUAGAUCCUUGGAAGAAUUGCACAGCACCUAUCGACUGUCGCAGAGUCUUUAUGAAUGGAGUCUGUGAUGCCGUUUGUAAUAAUCCAAUGUGCUUAUUUGAUGGAAGAGACUGCCAGAAAUCACUUAAUCCUUGCAACCCCAUUUAUGAUGCUUAUUGUCAGAAGCACUAUGCAAAUGGUCAUUGUGAUUAUGGGUGUAACAAUGAAGAGUGCAACUGGGAUGGCCUAGAUUGUGAAAAUGAGCAACCGUUAUUGGCUGAUGGUCUUAUUUCCAUUGUGGUCCUCAUGGAUAUGCAGGUGUUCCGCUCAAAUAUUGUUGCUUUUUUGAGAGAGAUUGGCAAUCAGCUGCGCACAACUCUUAGGGUGAAGAAGGAUGAAGCAGGAAAUGAUAUGAUUUAUCCGUGGAAACUAGAAAGUGAUUCAGGUUCGAGCAUUAUGUUUGGUCGUGGAAGCUCUGGAGUGAUAGCAUAUUUGGAAAUGGACAAUCGAAAAUGUGCUUUGGAGAGUGCAGAAUGCUUCCGCUCAGCAAAUGAGGCUGCACAUUUCUUAGCUGGAACUGCAGCUAGGCACUCAAUUUCUAAAACAUUUCCAAUUUAUCAAGUUCGGGGUGUCGAGGGUCCGAUUCCUGGUGACGAACCGAGCACAAAUGUGAAGUACGUGUUCAUCGGGGUAGUGAUAGUGUUGCUCGCUGGGUUGCUCAUAGGGGUUCUCGUUACUGCUCAACGGAAACGUGCUCAAGGCAUUACUUGGUUCCCAGAAGGAUUCUUACGAAGCAGCAGCGGUCAGCGGCGGCGUUCCCGUCGCAGGGGCCCCGACGGUCAGGAAAUGAGAAAUCUGCACAAACAACCGUCUGGAGGCUGUGUCGAUGUAACCACUGGAGCUGUACCUGGGGCACCAGUGGGUGUAGGAGCAGGUCCUGGGCAGGCAACACAGUGGUCUGAUGAUGAAGUGGACCUACACCCACCCAAAAGAUUACGUGUCGGGACCUGUGAGGCUGGUUACGCAUCAGAUCACACUGCUGUCACAGAGUAUGAGGAGGGCGAAGCACGGACGUGGACACAACAACACCUUGAAGUGGCAGACAUGAGACACAGGCCAGAUCCAGCCAUACUGACACCUCCCAGUUUGGAGGGUGGCCAAGAUGUGGAUGUACGGGGUCCGUGUGGAAUGACUCCAUUAAUGGUAGCAGCAGUUCGUGGUGGAGGCAUAGACACUGGCGAGGAUGAGGAUGAUGAUGGAAGUGCAGCAGCUGUCAUUACCGAUCUCGUGGCUCAAGGAGCUGAACUUAACGCCACAAUGGACAAAACAGGAGAGACUUCUCUUCAUUUAGCAGCCCGAUAUGCUAGAGCUGAUGCUGCAAAACGUCUUUUGGAUGCUGGUGCAGAUGCAAACCUACAAGAUAAUACUGGUCGUACCCCACUACAUGCUGCUGUUGCUGCAGAUGCCAUGGGAGUUUUCCAGAUAUUGCUACGUAAUCGAGCAACCAAUCUAAAUGCUCGAAUGCAUGACGGUACUACUCCACUAAUUCUGGCUGCUCGUCUAGCGAUUGAGGGCAUGGUGGAGGAUCUCAUAAAUGCUGAUGCUGAUAUAAAUGCUGCAGAUAACUCUGGAAAAACUGCCCUUCAUUGGGCUGCUGCUGUUAACAAUACUGAAGCAGUAAAUAUACUGUUAGCACAUGGUGCUAACAGGGAUGCUCAAGAUGACAAGGAUGAGACACCACUGUUCCUUGCUGCUCGUGAAGGAAGUUACGAAGCUUGUAAAGCCCUACUGGACAACUUUGCUAACAGAGAAAUCACGGAUCAUAUGGACAGGUUGCCAAGAGAUGUAGCAGGAGAGAGGUUGCACCAUGAUAUUGUGAGAUUACUUGAUGAGCACGUUCCACGCAGCCCACAGAUGGUUACUGUCAUACCGAAUGGGCCUAUCAUAGGUUCACCAAAUCACCAUCAUCAUCUGAUUACUCACCCUACAGUAAUAGGGGCCGGUACGAAACCGUCCAAAUCUAAGAAACGUCCCAAGCCGGGAGCCAACGCAAACGGUCAGAAUGCGGCAGGUGGCAGUUCACCGACCAGCCCCGAUACAGACGGAGUGGCCGGAGUACGCCGAAAACCGAGUGUCAAGAAAUCUGGGGGAAAGAAACCGCCAGUAGGCACUCAGCCUCAGAGUGUGGAAAGUGCGGCAUCUUCGCUUUCCCCAGUCACUUCGCUGGAGUCCCCUCGCACGGUGGGCGGACCGGCAGGCGCCGCCGACGGUAGUGUUCCCAGUCCCUACGACGGCUCGGUCUACAGCAACGGCGGUCUCUCAUUACCGAAGCAGCCUCCGGCCUACGAGGACUGCGUGAAGGGCACAGCCGGAGGACCUCUGCAGAGUCUGCGGGCACUCGGGCUGGAGCAGUACGGGUGCUACGGAGGGCUGUUCGACCCCACAGGUGCCAGCCAGCAGCAGCUGCAGCUGGCGACUCUGCAGGUCCACGCCCAAGCGCAGGCCCUUUCACCGCCGUACAGCAACCAGCAGUCUCCACCGCACAGUGUGAGCUCACCCGCGGCGAGCUACGGCGGUUCACCUUCGCCGGCAAAAUCGAGGCCGUCGCUACCUACCUCGCCGACACACAUGGCUGCACUGCGUGCGGCGACUCAGCAGAAACACGGACUUACUGGCCAGCAACAGGCACAGGCUGUGGGCUUCGACUUUCCCGAUUUGGCAGGUGCGGCUGUGGGUGCCGCGGGAGCUGGACCGGGUGCGGCUUUUGGUCUACAGCAACAGUACUACCACUACUUGACGCCCCCGUCACAGCACUCGGAGGCGACACCUCAGCACUAUGUUCAGGCACCGGAUAAUUUUCCCACUCCGUCCCCAGAGUCUCCGGGCCACUGGUCGUCUUCGUCACCGCGCUCUGCAUCUGACUGGUCGGAGGGCACGAGGAGUCCCGCCUAUGCUACAGGAGCGCAACAUCAGAAACAGGCUGAGGCAAUCUACAUAUAGUUGGUAGAGACCUCCAUUGAAUGAAGUGUAGUGUUCUAUGAAAUGCACUUUCUGUUACUGGAGUGUAGAAAUCUGAAGAUUUGUGAACAGAGAAAAACUAAAUUGUGUAGCUGGUCUUCAGAGAAAUAAAUUGGAACACGGUUUUUAAUGUCCAUUGCAUUUCUUGUGCUGAACAGUAACAUAUUACCUGUACGAAAUGAAGUUAGUGCGUCGUGACUGAGCGAGUUGAAGUAUGCGCGUCGGGCUCGAGCACAAAAAGUUUAUCGUGAAGGUAAAUGAGAGUUUGUUUCUGAUCGUCAUUUGGUUUACAAUACGUGUGCACAGUAGCUCUCAGUGUGAAGUUAAGAGUCAGUAAUUGCUAUUGUGGAUGUGCCUAUUAGCAUCAACUUUUACCCACCUAUGGGCCACAUUUUAACAAUGGAACUGUCGCCCACUCACAGUAAGAGUGCUCUUGCCUGAAGGAGCUCUGUUAUGAAAGUGGGAAGUACCACUGUGAAUUUCAGCUUUCUAAACUUUGACAGUUGGAGCCAGCUAUUUGAAACAAAGACAAGGAAAAAGGAAACUGUGUGUGAUAUUAAAUUUCUGGUAACACUGAACCUGUUUCAAAUGGAAAAAGUGUUGUUGAUGCCCUUGUGAGAAAAUUGUUUGAUGCCAAAAGACUUGCUGACUGAUGUUGCUGGGGACAAUUAUUUUUUUGAUAUUUUUUCUCUCAAGAAACAGAAAAGAGAACAGUUAUGAGGGUAAAAAAUACCUGGCAAUUAGGACGUACUAAGUUUUGUACAAAAAGUGAUUUCCCCUAUUUUGGGCUUAUUUUAUUGACUCAACUUUGUACAAAAAUGAUGUCCCUUUUUUGUGCUUAUUUUAUUAAAUUGACAUAGUGUACUCUAUUUAAUAUUUUACACUGGUUAAGAAGAGGAAGUUCUUCAAUCAGUUCAAUUGGAGCAGUAUCUAUUCCUCCUCAUUUUUUUUAUAUGUACUUGUUUUUCUCUCAUUUGCUAAAAGAAAAUCUUGCUCAUAAAGGAUGACAAAUGCCUUUUACCUUGCCAUGCAGUGGUGCAUCCAGAUGUAAAAUGUCUUUCAUUCCAUCAUUAUUUUUCUACAGCUUUAUAUGUGUAUGAAAAUUUGUAGCACAUAAAGUACUUGGUCUUUUAUAAAGAUAUAUUUUUAUAGUUUCCUAAGCAUGUCUUGAUUGUUGAGAGUUUGUGAUUAUAAUGAUGCGAAAAUUUUAGUUGGUGACUGUCUGACAUGUUUUAUAGUAAUGUAAAAUAGGCUGAAUAUAUUUAAUUUUAUAAUUGUUUUUAAUGUAUGUUGUAAAUAAUGUGUUUAUGUUAUGUACAAAGCUACUGAUGAAAGAAUUAGUGAACAAAUUGCCAGAAUACAGUAGGCAGUUGAGUACUUAAUUGUAUUCUGGGUUGGUAUGUGUAUUAUAUGUUAAGACAGAUGGCCUGAGAGUGGUUCAGAUAUUAGUGUUGUAGACUAAGACUUAGAUUUUUCUGAUUGAUCAACACUUUAUGCUGAAAGAUUCUAAGUGCCUUGAACACAAAAGGAGUGUAUUGCAAUGUUGCAAUUUCUUUGAAGUGGUGUGUAAUAAUGUGCCUUAGUAUGCAGUAAUUCCAUUUCCAAAUUUCAUUUGUAAACAUAUUUGAGAGCAUCUGAUAGAGUAAAACUGAGAGAUGGUCAGCGUGAACUAUGUUUAUAUCGAAAACAUUCCUCUUGUGAAUGGAAAUUACUGCACUCCUGUUUAGAAUCUUAGGAAGUCAGCUGUUUCACACUGCAGAUUAUAAUUAUAAUUUGAUGCUACAUCUGAUGUUUCUCCUCUUUUUCUAAAAUUUUUAAAUUUUUAAGUGACAUGCUGAACACCAGGGACCAAAGCACUCUUAAAUGGAUGCUGAAAUAUAUGACGGAGGCAUUACUUGUUUUGAAAGCAGUUGCCAGUAUUUUAAAUUGUGUUCAACGCUACAGUAUUAUGUCAUUUCACAUUAAUAUUAAAAAUUUUAGAAGAUAACACGAGGAGGUUGUUUUUUUCCCCAAAUACAACAGUUUGAAACAUUAAACUAUUCAUACUCCAUCAGUGGGUGCAUAGUAUGGUAUUUGCUGUGAAUCACUGGAUGAUAUCCUGUAUACAUGCAGAAUUCCACAGACUUUCACUAUAAUACAUUAAAAAGUGGCUCUCUUUGCCUUUGUCGUUAGCUUCGUGACCCUGUGGUAGCAAAUGAAUUUAGGAAGUGGUAUUUGCUAUUGUAAUUUGGUUAAUAAAAACAUUUAUUCUUGAUGGAUGUUAAAUAAUUUAUGUCUGUAUCCAUUUGGUACACAGUGUUGUUAUUCUGUGAAAUCAUAACAUUCCAUUUCCCUACAAUUUUUGUGGCAGAACUUAUUUUGUGAUGAGAGGUAUUUACGAUAUGGAACAGAAUGCUGAACUGAUUGCAAGGGGUGUUCAUCCAGUUCAUGGUGCAAGUCCCUUGCGUUAUAAUUUGUUACGAUGAUACCUUGGUCCACUUCUAAUAGGUUUUAGAUUGAAUGAAACCACCUUACAAAUUGCUACAGAUGCAUGUGGUACACGAUUUCCUUUCAUAGGUUCAUUUUGAAUUAAUCAUCACUUUUCCUAAAAGGCUUACUGGCUUUUAAAAUAUGUUCUGUUUCACUGUGGCAUUUAAUUCUGUUGUGUCUUAAUGUCCCUCAGUUCUUUCACGUAGCCUAGGAUUGGUUUCCUGAUUCUUAGUGUUCACAUUCAGAGUUCAACACACCAGGAGAAAUGGCUUUAAAAAAUGCAGGUCAUUUUGAGAGAGACCAUGUGAACAUAACUGUCAACAGCAAUUGAAAACAUCAGAAUAGUAAUUAUUGGUAACCAUGUACCCAUAACUAAGAUCUUCAGUGAUCUAUUACUCUUUCAUUUCCAUUGUUGUAAUUAAUGAUAUUAAAGUGUAUGCAGGUCCUGUAGGGUUGUGAAAGAUAGAUAUGUAAAGUAUGUUGACCUGUGUAUUGAAGUUCCCAACGUAUAAGAACGUUUUGCUAUCUUUUGAUUUUUUUGUAGAUUUGACAGUAAAAUUUCCAUGACACCUGAAAGUUGUUCUUUGAAUUGACUUACAAUUUCUGAAGACUGUCAGUGUUUUAAUUUUUAGUAUAUUUGUUACAAGGCCAUUAGAUAGUUUAUUAGUGUAUAAUAAUAAUGAUACAACAAUUGCAAUGAUUCAUUUACACAUUUCACUACUAUUCUUAUACAGAAUAAGUCCAUAUUUGCACCAUCACUCAUGACAAUUUUUUUAAUGUGUAGAGAAGCAACAGCGUCUGCUUUGGGCAUUUGGCCAUUUAUGUCAAUAUUUCUCGAAACAUGCACUUGAUAACGUUUUCCUCAUGCUAAAUACUUCAGUAGCUACUUGUCAAUUGCUGACUACUCGUUUCUCUGCUGUGACGAGUGGAGAGGAGUUUUGAUUGUAUUGUUACCCUUGUAAAAUAUUGAACAGAGCAAUGACUUAGUGAUCUGUGUAUUACUCUAUACCACUUUGUAGUGUAUGGAAAGGGAUUUUAUGGACUAUCUUAACUACAAAAUUUUGGGUGUCGUUUCCUCCCUGUACAGUUAUUUUUUAGACAAACUUCCUUUAAAUGUCAGUUCAGUAUUUAUGAGGAACUCUUUCUUAAUGCACACAGUAUAUCUACCAAUUUAAAAUCUCAGGGAAUAAAAUUUGAACAAGACAUUACAGAGAAGUAUUGUGUUGUGAGGAAGUGCUAGCAGAACAGACAUAUUUAUUUCAUUUUGAAAGGUGCAUUAUUGUUAAUUAUGUUUGAGUCAUGACAGAUUUCAGUGCCUUUUUUAAUUUAAUUCUGAAGAUCAAAAAAUUAAAUUUUUAUCUUUCAAUCUGUUGAACAAUUAAACAAAACCUGUAGUUUGUAUUGCUUCUUCAGAUUCAUGGUGACAGGCUUUUUUUAUCUUCCAAUCAUUAUUUUUUAACAACUUGGUUUUCUCUGCACAGUAACUUCUUCAUUGAUUUUAGUUUUGAAUGUAUUAUGUAAAUAUUUCCUAAUAACUGCUUGGUUCCAGUACACUGUCCAUCUCAUAGGUUUACAGAUUUAUGUGAAAUGGUUAUUGUGAAAUGUGCCUUAUGAACAGUUUCUACUGGAACAAACAGAUAUACAAUACAUUAAAGUUUAUAAACAUUUUAUCUCAGACAAAUUGGAAGACAGAGCAUUCAGUAAGGUACCUGAUCAUCUGGAAAUGCUGUGAGCUCAUUUUUUGUGUACAUUUUUAGGCAGAGAAUAUGACACACCAGCUUCACUACAGAUUUAUUGUUCACAGUUGUACCUUUUGACAUUUGUGGGUGGUUCAAUUAUGUACUACUUUAAUUUUGCAAAGAAUACUUUCAUAACCGUUGCUGUUUGUUCACAUGAAACCACUUUUCACUUCUCCAUGUUGACUUUUUUGGACAUUGAUAUUACAGUCUUAUAAAUAAAUAACACAUAUCACAGAAAACCGUUGUCAGUGUUUAGCAGUGACUGAUGCUUUAUUUUUCCGUGACUGAUGUUUUAUUUUUCCUGUGGUGUGUAAAUUUUUAAUGUGAAUUUAAAAUAUUUAUAUUUCUGGAGUAUCAGUAAAUAAAUGAAGCUCAUUUUUUCUGUAGUGUAUUUUACAUGUUUGAGAAUCUCAUUUUAUUUGUAAAUAAUUUCUUAAAUUGUUAUGAUACAAGGAGUAGCUUUGUAGUUGUAAUAUAUUUCCUUAAAUAAAUAUGGUUUAAGUAAAUAAAUGAAA